AUGUUCAACGCGAAGAGCUUCACGCCGUACUACGUCUUUACGAUUCUCGUUAUUGCCAGCGGGGGAAUCCCAAAAGGCUACGAUGAAGGAGGAUUCAGCGCCUCUGUCGGCUUGGACUCCUUCAAGCAGGACUUCAAGCUGCUCCCCGAGCUCUGGAAAGACGACCCUAGUGGCAUGGCCGAUCGUAAAGCCAAUAUAUCUUCAUUCGGUGUCCUCGGAGCAGCAUUUGGAUCCCUCCUCGCGCUGGUGCUGACAGACAGAAUCGGACGGCUGCGGUCCUGGCAGGUCUUCGUGCUGCUGUGGGCAACAGGGACAUUCAUGCAGGUCUUUUCUUCGGGGAUCCUUGGUUUGAUGCUCUUUGCUCGCAUCUGGGGCGGACUCGGUUCAGGAGGCCUGACUGUCGUUGCGCCGCUGUAUCUGUCUGAAAUAGCACCAGCAGUGUCCAGGGGAACCAUCGUGAGCAUCUACAUGGUCGUUCUGCUGUCCUUUCUUACCAUCGGGUUCUUCAUCAAUUUCGGCGUGAAUUCAGAAAUGGAGGUCGGUAGAGCGCAGUACCGGCUCGUCCAGGCAAUCCCUCUCAUUCCUGUUGGAUUCGCCCUUCUCAGCUCCCUCUUCCUCUCCGACACCCCUCGCUGGCUCGCAUCCAAAGACCGAGACGACGAAGCACUGGCAGCGCUCACGCGCCUUCGUGGAUCAGACCUGGAUGACCCAUCUGUGGCGCUCGAAUACCGCGGUAUCCAAGAGCAAGUCCGCAUGAGGGAGCAGAAUCUCGAAGACGCGUCUACUUGGACCAUCAUCAGAGAGAUCGCAACCUGCCCCAGCUACCGCAAGCGAUUUCUCCUCGGGGUGCUCAUGCAAACGGUAGCUCAGUGGAGUGGAGGCAACGGCAUCACAUACUACAUUCCACAGAUAUUCACAUACGCAGGCAUCGUCGGCAGCGACACCUCCCUCAUAACCUCGGGCGUCUACGGCGUCAUCAAGCUCGUCUUCACCAUGAUCUUCACCUGGGGACUGGUGGACGUGAUCGGCCGACGCCGGUGCAUGUUGACCGGAGUCGGACUGCAGUGCAUAACGCACGUCUACCUAUCCAUAUACAUGGCCCUCUUCCGUACCGGACAGCAGCAGAACGAGCAUGCAUCAAACGCAGCCAUAGCCUCGGUCUUCAUCUACGCCAUCGGCUGGUCCAUCGGCCUGUGUACCGUGCAGUAUCUAUACAGCACCGAGAUCUUCCCAACGCGCAUCCGCAGUGUGUGCUACGCGACUAAUAUGGCCCUGCAUUGGUUCUUCCAGUUUGCUGUUGUGCGGGUGACGCCGAAUAUGUUUGUGACGCUGGAUGUGUACGGGGCGUUUGUCUUCUGGGCGUUGGUUUGUGCGGUUGGGUGGUUCUUGCUGGCGGUGAUGGCACCGGAGACCAAGGGGAUUCCGAUGGAGAAGAUGGAUGAGUUGUUUGGUGGGAGAUGGUGGAUGGGAUGGAGGGCUAAAGUUGGGCCUGAAGCUGAGAAUGCAGAUAUACAAAAGACAAGCGUUGCCCAGAUUGAGAAGGUCUAG